ACGUCAAAACAAAAUAAUCUGAUGAAAAUGUAGCUGGAGCUGUAUUUUUAGAUAAAUUUAGCAUUGCCUUAAUACGUUUAUAUUUUAAUCCUAAAUCAUAUUUAUAAUAUGUUACUUUGAAAUUGUCUAAUUACAAAAAAACCUUGAAAAGAAAUGGCGUCUAAGUUGCCAAAAGCCACACUAAAUUUAAAGCAGUUUCUUUUGCGACAAGAGGUAUUGAAAUUAUAUCGAGAUAUAUUCAGAACAAUAAGAAAAGUAUCAGAUGAAAGAACUCGUUUGGAAUUGAAGGAAUGGGCGAGAUCAGACUUUAAGAAUAAUAAAUACCACAGUGAUGAGACAACUAUUAAAUCUAUGUUGUUCUAUGGAAGGAAAUCUUUAAAAGACUUAGAGAAAUCAUUAGCACUUAGUGAUAGCUAACAGUUAUUUGUUUCAACAUGGAAAGUGUAUAAUGAAAACAAAUUACAAUUAGUUUUAAAUUAAAGUAGCUUUAAAAUAAUAAAAUAAAAUGAUAUUUAUUCU